AUGACGCCCGACCAGGUUGAUUUGACGGCCCUUCUGUCCGACGAGUCUCAGGCCUCGCUCCUGGCUCACCAGAACCUCACACCUCACAAGCCCGUCUCAGCACAGUCCCAGCCGCCAUCGCAGCCAGGCUCCCACUCCCGCUCUCGCAGGCCCAUCAGCCCGCCCGCUUUGAGCCGCCAGACAUCGGCAUCUGCGCAGGGCGAGGCAGGCCCCAUGGCCCCGGCUGCGCUACCGCGGAGCAACCAGGCCUCCGCUCAGAAGCCUCCCCGAGCGGAUGGCAGGGCCGCGGUACUGCCCGUGAGGACGAACAUGGGCAGCGCUGUCCGCAACUCACAGGGCAUCACGUCCCCGGCCCAGAGCACCCUGCACUCGGCCCACAGGACUCCUAAGCUGCAUCAUACUCCUAGGAAGGCCGACUGGACCGCCGACAAGGUGGAAAACCAGCUGCGCAUUUUUUCCCGCGACAUCGGCAAGGAUAGCGCCAACCUCUCGGCUCGCCUGCUUCGUACAUCCUGGAAGAGGGUCGCACCUGAGGCUAAUCAUGCGUCCCGGAAAAACUGGUUUGCUGAGAUGAAGCGGGUUCCCCCUGAAGCCAGCAAAGGAACCGUGAAAAUCAAGCUCAAGCACAUGGGCCCUGGCCGUACUGGAAAACAGGAGAAACGGGAGCUCUAUGAAGUGGUGGGUAUCAAGACCGACAGGGACCCGGUCCCUAGGUAUGGCUUUCACCACGUUGAGAUAUCCAAGAAUAUCCUCUCGCCUAAUACCAUGUUGAAUUUCGUUCCCCAUCUGCGGGACUUGGCGGAUGAGGAGGAGCCCAAAUACCGACGGUGGCUCGAAAACCUCGAGAGCAUGGACAAGACGUCUGGCUUCGCCACUCUUAGCAGACAGGAGAAAGUCCAUAAAACCUGCCAAAAGGAGAGAGCGACCACUCUGCUGCUCUACCUCCAACAUUGGCUGGACUCCAUGUCGAUCGAAAACUGCUCCAAGGCCACUCUGAUUCGCUACAUGGCCAACCAGACAGAUGCCGUGACGCCACAGCAGAAGUCCAGCAUCCUGAACUCGUACAGCGAUGAAGCAGGCUCUCCACGCUCUGCCAAGGCAGUUAGGAUGUUUACGGACGCGUUUGAUAGUGUGUUCAACGAUGCCGACACCUGGAAAGAGGGCGCCGUGACGCUUCGUGAUGUCUUGCUCCUCGACAAGUCAGUCGAUACCAUUGUUGACACCAAGAAGUGGAUGAAAGACACCCCAAGUCAAGUGAAACCGGUCGAGGAGAAUACGACAGUCGAAUCUUUUCUUGAAACCUACGCCCUGCUCGGCUGUUUAAUAUGCUGCAGUCACUCAUGUGAGCAUGGAGAAUAUGGCGUUGACAACGAGCGCAAGCGGUUUUCCAUCGAGGUCAUUGGUGGACUUGAACCUCUGCUCCGUAGGAAGGCUGUCCAAGGACCCGCCAGCACCAAUGGAGAUGGUAUACGCAAGUCUCAUAAGCCUUGUGGCGAGGACUGUUACCUGAACGGCCGUCCGGGCACCCGCGCGAAAGCCUGGAGCGAGACAGAAAUCAUGCUCCUGAAGUCGCUGCUCGCCACACUCAGCGACACAGAAAUUCCGGUCCAGUGUUCAACUGCGGUGGCUACUGGAAGACCCUGUUGGGACGUCAACCGCCAGCUCGAUAAGCUCGAUCUAUCCCUUCCAGUCAGUUCGCCUCAGGCGCCAGUCAAAGUCAAACCAGUUCAUUGGUAUGACCGGAAUAAGAAGAUGCUCUUGGGCGAUUGGCAAGACCAGACAAUUACCCAUGAGCAUCAGAGAAAAGACCACUUCGAUCCCUGCAACCAUGAAGGCCCAUGUACUAGAGACAAUUGCGAAUGUUUCAGGAACGGCGUCAUGUGCGAGCGCUUCUGCCGCUGCACACCUGCAACCUGCGCAAUCAAGUUUACUGGCUGCGCCUGUCACUCGCAAGGCAAGACAUGUCUACCGAAGCAGAAGGGAGAACGACCCUGUAUCUGUGUCCAGCUGAACCGGGAGUGUGAUCCCGCUCUGUGCGGCAGCUGUGGAGCGAAGGAUCGAGCCAACCCAGUCAACGCAGAAGACGACAACUUGUACACCCAUGGAUGCCAGAACUGUGCGCUGCAACGAGGAAAGCCCAAGUCUUUAGUGCUAGGUAAAUCCACGAUAGCAAACUGUGGCUACGGCUUGUUUGCGGCUGAGGACAUUGCCCAAGAAGACUUUGUGAUUGAGUACGUUGGCGAGCUUAUCAGUCAAGAUGAAGGCGUCCGGCGUGAAGCCAGACGGGGCGACGUCUUUAAUGAAGAGUCGAACUCGUCAUACCUCUUCACCCUCCUUGAGCAAGAAGGCAUUUGGGUCGAUGCUGCAAUCUACGGCAACCUGAGUCGUUACAUCAAUCAUCAGGACGACGGUGGAAAGGGCCAGGGCUGCAACAUUACCCCCAAGAUCCUCUAUGUGGGCGGGGAGUAUCGUAUCAAGUUCAGCGCAGUACGUGAUAUCAAGGCUGGCGACGAGCUCUUCUUCAACUAUGGUGAAAACUUCCCGAAUCUCACCAAGAAGUUGCUCGACGAGCAACACGAAGACGAAAAGUCUAAAAAACGACGAGCCAAGGAGAAGAACGGAAAUGAUGCGGCCAAGAAACCCCGUGGACCCCGUGGACCCUACAAAGGCAAGAAACGAGGGCGAAAGCCAAAGAAGAAGGCAUUUGCCGCAAGGAUAGAGUCAGAUCCGGAAGACGAUGAUGAUGUCACUGGAGAACAUGCCGAACUAGAAGACCCCUUUCCAGAUAUUGUUUUUCCCAAGUCCAGGAAACGAAAACAUGUCAGCCUGGAAACAGAUUCAGAAGAGGAAGAGUACCGUCCCGAGAUUGUGGACUCUGACGCCCCAUCUAUUGCUCCAGCUCGUCCAACGUCUCGUGGGAAGCCUCGUGGACGUAAGCGUCUUGAUCAGGGCAGCGCCAUGCGGAAGACCAGCGGCCGCAACGGCUUAUUUGGCCGGGCCUUGAAGAAUCGAUUGGAAGAUGUGGGCUCGGAUGGCACGAAUCCGGAAGACACCCCCCGUCGCCGUGGCAGAAAAGCCCAUAAAAUCGACGACGACAGCGACGAACCGAUUGACGACGUGAUCGAUGCAGAGUACAGGGAAAGCCAAGGUCUCCUUGGCCAUGGACGUCGUAGUGGUGGCAGUGCCCGUCGCACGCGUGGGCCCGCCGACAACGGCUCAGUGGUUGAUGAGGAUACGCCCUCCCGGACGCGAGCACGCCGGCGAAUGACCCGCGGCGCCCCAGACUCUAGCCCCCUCUCGGCUCCCGACCCGGCUUUCGACAACGUAGAUUUUGACGCAGUCGCCUUGGAGCUGAACCCACCAGCACCACCUGUCGUUGCACCCCCUAAGAAGAAACGUGGACGGCCCCGAAAGGUUGUGGUGCAAGAGGUCGUGCGCGAGGAGAUCCAAGAGACAGACGGCUACGGCGAAGAGAACAGCGUCGGCGGAAGCGCUAGAAGCAACAAUCGAUCCGACUUCAUGAUCAAUGAUAGCGAUGCUAGCAGUACUGUCGUAAUCGACAGAUCACGCGUUCGGAAAAAGCCCGCUAGAUACGACGACUAA